AUGUCUGCCGUUCCGACACCACUUCUUGAGCACGUCGCAUCCCUCAACGCGCUGCCUCCUACUCCGAUAGGCGCCGGGUUCUUCAGCGUUCCUGAUUCAGCCAUUUGCAAGAAGGCAGAAGCCUUUGUUGGAGAAUACCUUCCAACUUGGAUGGGCAACCACGCCUUCCGCACCUACGCAUCCGCGCUCGCCAUUCCGAACCAUGCAGGCUGGGAUGGAGGCGACAAGGCCCGCGAACUGGGUAUCCACAGAGAGUUGAUCUUCCUCGCACGUGUCCUCCGCGAGAUGGGAUUCGAUGCAAAAGACAGCCUUAAGAGUCGCAUGUCGCUCGAGCUCUGGGGCGGCAUCAUGGCGCGAAAGUGGAUUCUGGCGCAGGAGGAGGACUUGGUCGCGGCCGGACGGUCGCCGGAGCUGCUUCUCGGGGGCUUCAGCUCGCACUGCAAUUUCACCCUUGCGCUCGUCGUGCUCGCCGCUGGGCACGGUCUCCCGGGGCUCAGCAAUGCCUUUGUACAUGAAGAUGAAGUGAAGGCCAUAUGUGACAAGUGGCCUCGCAGGGGCUAUUGCGCCGGGUUGAGCAGGCACACCAAAUUGGAGCUCGAGCGCAAGCCGGCCUGCAUGUUUGAGGAUUUCUUGCCGCUCUUCAAUUCGGGCAUGUUCGAAGUCGAUGUUUUUGAAAGUGUGCAGAGUGAACUCGAUAACGAUAAGGGUGGCAGGAAGACCUAG